AUGCCCGAAAUAGGUUCAUGCACCGAUAUAACAUGUGAUGAUGAAAUUAAAGAAUUAUAUGAAUGUCAUUAUUGUUUACGGCUUAUUUGUUUCAAACAUUUGGCUGAACAUAUUGAAAUAACAAAACAAAAUAAACGACGUUUAGAUAAUCUUCGUAUUGAUCUAAAUACAGUUAUAACUACACUUCAACUAAUUGUUGAACAAAAACUAUCAACUAUUGGACGAUAUAGUCAAGCAUAUAUAGCAUGUGUACCAUGUCGACGUCGAAUAGUUUCAAUUUAUGUACUAAAAUAUCAUUUACGAGAUCGUCAUCGUGUUUAUCAUUGGUUGACACAAAAACUGGUUGAUGGUUUCAAAGAAGUUCUAGCAACAAAUGAUAUUGCUUUAGCUCCACAAAUUCCAUCAACAUAA